AUGGGAUAUCCGAUGAAGGGGAGUAAACCUUACCAAUACAUGGAACACUAUCCCUCACUGAAAACAAUUGCUGAAACGUUUGAUAUCCCUAUAAAGGAAAUAGAAGACAAUAGAACCAACAAAGAUAAUUUGAUUGGAUUUCCAAUAAAAUAUCUUGAGGAGAAAGCAAUAAACUUAGCAAGAGAUGGAAAAUGGGACACCUUCAUGGAUGUGCUGGCCUUAAUUAUAUAUGGAAUUGUUUUAUUUCCAACUAUUAAGGAUUUUGUGGAUUUCAUGGCGAUAGACGUCUUUUUGGCUUACAAGCAUAGAGGGGAGAAUCCAGUACCGGCAGUUUUGGCUGACGUUUACUGCACGCUCGACUUCCGUCAUGAGAAAGAGGGGGGCCUAAUCCAUUGUUGCUCGCCAAUACUCUAUUUUUGGUUUGUCAAACAUAUUUUUCAAGACAUGCAUCAAUUAAAAACCAAGAGCAAAAAGGAAUGGGCCAACGUUCUAGCAAAUCUCAACGAAAGAACGAUUCAAUGGUACUCCCGGAGUCAAGAUAUAAAUGAAGUGAUUUGUAGAUGCGGUGUUUUCGUAGAUGUUCCCCUCAUGGGAACCAAAGGGUGUAUAAAUUAUAGUCCCUAUGUUGCAUUGAGACAAUUGGGUUAUCCUAUGAAAAAACCCCAAUAA